UCUCUCUCUCUCUCUUCUCCCACACCAUCAUCACAUAUACAGAUAAUACACAAAGAUACAUACAGCUCGAUAGAUUUAAAAAUAUAUGUUCUAAUAAAAUAUAGAUACACACAUAUAUAUAAUCCUAGGCCAAUAUAUUGGAAGAAUUUUCUCUCUGCAUUUUCGGGAGAGAAAUUUCAGAAAACAGAAAAUGAUUUGGAAAAUUGAGAAAUUGGAGCCCUAGUUUUUUUUUUUUUGGUCAUUUCCUCUGCCAAUCGAAUUUAAAACCUAGAUCGGAGAAAACAAAGGGAAAAGAAAGGAAAAAAGAGUGGGGAAAAAUGCCGUCGCAUGCGGAUCUGGACAGGCAGAUAGAGCAAUUGAUGGAGUGCAAGCCGCUGACUGAGGCGGAGGUGAAGACGCUCUGCGAUCAGGCGAGGGCGAUUCUAGUGGAAGAAUGGAAUGUGCAGCCGGUAAAAUGUCCGGUGACGGUCUGCGGCGAUAUUCACGGCCAGUUCUACGAUCUCAUCGAACUUUUCCGGAUAGGAGGAAAUGCUCCCGACACAAAUUACCUAUUCAUGGGCGAUUACGUUGACCGUGGGUACUACUCAGUGGAGACUGUCACACUCUUAGUUGCUCUGAAAGUUCGUUAUAGAGAUAGAAUCACAAUUCUUAGAGGAAAUCAUGAAAGUCGGCAAAUUACUCAAGUGUAUGGUUUUUAUGAUGAAUGCUUGAGGAAGUAUGGAAAUGCCAAUGUCUGGAAGUAUUUUACUGAUCUUUUUGAUUACCUCCCCCUGACAGCACUUAUUGAGAGUCAGAUCUUCUGUUUGCAUGGAGGGCUUUCACCAUCACUUGAUACGCUAGAUAAUAUUCGAGCCUUGGACCGCAUACAGGAGGUCCCACAUGAAGGACCAAUGUGCGACCUGUUAUGGUCUGAUCCUGAUGAUAGGUGUGGAUGGGGCAUAUCACCUCGUGGGGCUGGCUACACUUUUGGACAGGAUAUUGCAGCUCAGUUCAACCACACCAAUGGGCUUAGUCUGAUUUCAAGAGCCCAUCAGCUUGUCAUGGAGGGCUAUAACUGGUGUCAGGAGAAGAAUGUGGUGACUGUAUUUAGUGCUCCAAACUAUUGUUAUCGGUGCGGAAAUAUGGCUGCAAUCCUCGAAAUUGGGGAGAACAUGGAGCAAAAUUUCCUCCAAUUUGAUCCAGCACCUCGUCAGAUUGAACCUGACACCACAAGGAAAACCCCAGAUUAUUUUUUGUGAGCUUAUUUUCCUGCCAGGUCUUUGUAGUCCUCGCUUGCUAUUCUCUCUGUAGAUGUGUCUAAAAAGAGGAGUUUUUGCUGUUUGAGGAUUAUUACUACCAUGAUACCAUCAUUCUUUUUUUUUGUGGCGUUGCUCUGCUGCUGACUUUGAUUAUGUGCUCGGGAUUCUUGCCCAAGAAUUGAUGGGAAGGCACCAAGUCUUUUGUCUUGUAUAUUUUUUUCCGGAAUAGAAGGAAGCAGCAAUAACAUGACAUGGUAUAUUGUGUUAUGUAAUGUCAGAAUUUUUAUUUUAGGACACAGGUCUCGGCACUAUUCUGAGUCAGCGCUGCGUGUUUUGAUGACUAAUUAUUUCAGCUAAAUUUUCCG